AAUUUUCUUGUACCAAGAAAAACAAAACUGAAACAUCAUCCAAGCGAAGAUAAAUUGAAUCCAAAGAACACUGUCCCAUCCGUUUCAUCGUCCAUGGAAACGAAACGUCCCAUUUAAACCCGAUUGAAUGUUCAUUUCUCUGAAUCUGCAUUUCUAGAUUUUUAAAUUUUUUUCCUCUUCUUGGACCGGUGAGAAGAAAAAAAAGUGAAAGAAAAGAGAAGGAAAGGAGGAAGAUGAGUGGAUGGGGAACGCCGAGUCGAACAGUCACACUCGGACGGGUUCAGCCACAGUCACCCGCCCUCCGCACCAUCUACUGUAAUCACCGCGAGGCCAAUUUCGCUCAUAGAUACAAGGGGAAUUCAAUAUCGACUACCAAGUACAACGUUUUUACCUUUCUACCAAAGGGGCUAUAUGAACAGUUCAGACGGGUAGCUAACUUGUACUUUCUUAUGGUGUCAAUCCUAUCAGCAACUCCGUAUAGUCCUGUUCAUCCUAUAACAAAUAUGGUUCCACUGAGUCUUGUGCUUUUAUUUUCUCUCAUUAAAGAGGCAUUUGAGGACUGGCAACGUUUUCAGAAUGAUAUGACUAUAAAUAACACUCUUGUCGACGUGUUGCAAGCACGAGGGUGGGAAUCUCUUCAAUGGAAAAAGCUGCAGGUUGGAGAUAUUAUCAGGGUUAAGCAAGAUGGGUUCUUUCCUGCCGAUCUUCUUUUACUUGCUAGUACAAAUGUUGAUGGAAUUUGCUACAUUGAGACUGCAAAUUUGGAUGGUGAAACAAAUCUGAAAAUCAGAAAGGCACUUGAGAGGACUUGGGAUUACGUGACUCCUGAAAAAGCAUGUGAAUUUAAAGGUGAAGUUCAGUGUGAGCAACCAAACAACUCUUUGUACACUUUUACUGGCAAUCUUGUAGUGGACAAUCAAACAAUGCCUCUUUCUCCAAAUCAGAUUUUACUGAGGGGUUGCAGUCUGAAAAACACUGAUUACAUUGUUGGGACUGUUAUUUUUACUGGUCAUGAAACAAAGGUUAUGAUGAAUUCCAUGAAUGUUCCUUCAAAAAGAAGUACAUUAGAGAGGAAACUUGACAAACUUAUACUCGCUCUCUUUUCUACUCUUUUCUCUAUGUGUCUACUUGGAGCAAUAGGCAGCGGUAUAUUCAUUGACCGAAAGUACUACUACUUAGGCCUCAGUCAAUCUGUGGAAGAUCAAUUCAAUCCUAGUAAAAGAUUUCUGGUUAUUAUUUUGACCAUGCUGACCCUACUCACUUUAUACUCUACAAUUAUCCCUAUAUCUCUAUAUGUUUCUAUUGAGACAAUCAAGUUUAUUCAGUCCUCUCAAUUUAUCAACAAGGACUUAAAUAUGUACCAUGCUGAAUCCAACACACCUGCUUCAGCUAGAACUUCUAAUUUGAAUGAGGAACUUGGGCAGGUGGAAUACAUUUUUUCUGAUAAAACUGGAACUUUGACAAGAAAUUUAAUGGAGUUCUUCAAGUGUUCAAUCGGAGGUGAAAUGUACGGGACAGGUAUGACUGAAAUUGAGAUGGGUGUUGCUGAAAGAAAAGGCAUAAAGGUUCAAGAGGCGAAAACAUCAACCAAUUCACUACGGGAAAAGGGUUUCAAUUUUGAUGAUGUGAGGCUUAUGCAAGGAGCUUGGAGACAUGAACCUAAUCAUGAUGCUUGUAAGGAAUAUUUUAGAUGCCUUGCCAUAUGUCACACUGUGCUUCCUGAAGGUGAGGAGACCCCUGAGAAAAUCAGAUAUCAAGCAGCAUCCCCAGAUGAAGCUGCUUUGGUUUUGGCUGCAAAAAAUUUUGGCUUCUUCUUUUACAGGCGUACACCUACGAUGAUAUAUGUUCGUGAAUCUCAUGUGGAGAAGAUGGGUAAAACCCAAGAUGUGUCUUAUGAGAUUUUAAAUGUUCUUGAGUUCAAUAGUACGAGGAAGCGACAGUCUGUUGUAUGUCGUUAUCCAGAUGGCCGACUAGUUCUUUACUGUAAGGGAGCUGAUACUGUCAUUUAUGAGAGAUUGGGGACUGGAAAUGAUGACUUAAACAAAGUGACCAGGGUUCACUUGGAACAAUUUGGCUCUGCUGGAUUACGUACCCUUUGCUUGGCCUAUAGAGAUCUAGCUCCUGACUUGUAUGAAAGCUGGAAUGAGAAAUUCAUCACAGCCAAGUCAUCUCUACGAGAUCGUGAAAAAAGGUUGGAUGAGGUGGCUGAACUCAUAGAGAAGGAACUCAUUUUAAUUGGUGCAACUGCAAUAGAAGACAAGCUUCAAGAAGGAGUGCCAAAUUGCAUUCAGACUCUUUCUAGAGCUGGAAUUAAGAUUUGGGUGCUAACAGGGGAUAAGAUAGAAACUGCAAUAAAUAUAGCUUACGCGUGCAACUUACUAAAUAAUGAGAUGAAACAAUUCAUUAUCAGCUCUGAAACAGAUGCUAUUAGAGAAGUUGAAGAAAGGGGGGACCAAACUGAAAUUGCACGCUUUAUGAAGGAGGAAGUUAAAAAGCAACUGAAGCAGUUCCUUGAUGAGGCACCACAAUAUUUUUGCUCACCCUCUGGACCAAAAUUAGCACUUGUUAUAGAUGGAAAGUGUCUGAUGUAUGCUUUAGAACCAAGUUUAAGGAUAAUGCUACUCACUUUAAGCUUGAAUUGCUCUUCAGUUGUUUGCUGCCGAGUCUCCCCUUUACAGAAAGCACAGGUAACAAGUCUGGUGAAGAAAGGUGCACGUAAAAUUACACUCAGUAUAGGUGAUGGUGCAAAUGAUGUUAGCAUGAUUCAAGCUGCUCAUAUUGGUAUUGGAAUUAGUGGGCUUGAGGGGAUGCAAGCAGUCAUGGCUAGUGAUUUUGCAAUUGCUCAGUUUCGGUUUCUUGAAGAUUUGCUCCUCGUGCAUGGACGUUGGUCUUAUAUUAGAUUAUGCAAGGUCGUGAUGUAUUUCUUUUACAAGAACCUUGCGUUCACUUUGACUCAGUUUUGGUUCACCUUCGGUACCGGAUUUUCUGGUCAAAGAUUCUAUGAUGAUUGGUUCCAGUCAUUGUAUAAUGUCAUAUUCACUGCACUACCGGUGGUUAUUGUUGGGCUCUUCGACCAGGAUAUUAGUUCAUCCCUUUCCAAGAAGUACCCUGAAUUAUAUAAGGAGGGAGUAAGAAAUAUGUUUUUCAACAGGAGAAUUGUCGCAAUAUGGGCCUGUUUUGCAGUGUAUCAAUCUCUAGUCUUCUUUUACUUCGUAUCUCUUUCAAGUUCAACGAGCAGGGAUUCAGAUGGUAAAAUGUUUGGUCUUUGGGAUGUCAGCACGAUGGCCUUCACAUGUGUAGUAGUAACCGUUAAUUUACGUCUUCUCAUGAUGUGUAAUUCUAUCACAAGAUGGCACUACAUUAGUGUUGGAGGAAGCAUUAUAGUGUGGUUCGUGUUUAUUUUCGUAUAUUCUGGUAUUAUGACUCGAUUUGAUCGCAACGAUAACAUGUUUUGGGUCAUAUAUGUGUUGAUGAGCACAUCCUAUUUCUACGUCACCCUUCUUCUUGUUCCAGUUGCUGCACUUCUCGGAGAUUUCCUUUACCUUGGUGUGCAAAGAUGGUUCUUCCCCUAUGAUUAUCAGAUAGUUCAAGAAAGUCACAAGGAUGAUGCCGACAGCAUCAAUACACCAGAUUCAGAAGAAACAAAAGAACACCUUACACCGGACGAGGCAAGAAGCAACGCAAUAUCUCAAUUGCCGAAGGAAGUAUCGAAACACAGUGGAUUUGCAUUUGAUUCACCAGGUUAUGAGUCAUUUUUUGCUACACAGUUUGGUAAAUAUGUUCCACCCAAGGCAUGGGAUGUUGCUCGGAGAGCUAGCAUGAAGUCGAAGUCAAAACCAAAAUAAAAACGAAAACCAUUGAUUGCCCCUUUUUUUGAUAGUCUAACCUUAGAAAAUCUGUAAAAUAAUUAGUCCAUUUGAUGUAGGUUCUUUUUUAAUUGAUUGAAAGCUAAAUCAACUAUCAGGGUUGACAGUAUGGGAUAUGGAUGUACAGCUACAUUAAUAGACAAAAAAAAAAAACUUUAAUUUUCCAAUUUUA